AUGACUUCUUCACUGGAGAUGCCAACAUGGUUCUACAUCGCCUUCAUGAUAAUGGCUGCCAUGGCAGACGAUGAAGUCGACCGGUCAGCCAUCGCCUUGCCGGGCUGCUCGUAUCAAUGCGGCGAAGUCGAGAUUCCAUACCCAUUUGGACUCACUCCUGAAUGCUCCCUUAAUGAGGCAUUUCUCGUCACUUGCAACACCUCGAUUCUUCCCAACAAGCCAUUCGUCGACGACAUUCCGAUCAUGAGUGUUUCGGUGGAAGAUGCUGAUUUGGUUAUCGAAAAUCUUGUGGCUAAUUAUUGUUUUGAUGGCAAAGGAAAUAUGUCUGGCCACAAUGAAACGCUUCUUAAGUUUGACAAGUUCACGAUCUCGACGAAGAAUAUCUUCACUGUCGUCGGUUGUAGUACUGUUUCGAUGAUCGGAGGCAUCCUCCAAGAUGAUGAGGAUUACUUGUCGGGUUGUGCAUCGUUUUGUAGUAGCUAUCGGAAUAUGCCGAACGGGACGUGCUCCGGUGUCGGGUGUUGCCAAAUGACAAUUCCUAGUGGAUUGAAACAGGCAAGCUUUGUGGUGGAGGAGGGUGAGUUCAGGUUCUCGCCGGCUUAUGUUCCACACUUCCCGAACGCCACAGUGCCCAUGGUGUUGGAGUGGUCCAUCGGCAAUGAGUCGUGUGAGGCGGCUGCGGGCAGCCAAGGGUUUGCGUGUCAGGGAAAUAGUAGCUGCCUGAACCCUGGCUUCAUGGGGGGCUACCGCUGCAACUGCUUGCAGGGAUUCACUGGGAAUCCUUAUUUGCCACAUGUUGGGUGCCAAGUAUUUGUUUGUUCAGACGUAAAUGAAUGUGAAGAUCCAAAUGAAAACGAGUGUACGGAUAUAUGUAUAAAUACGGUAGGAGGUUAUCGAUGUGAAUGCCCAAAUGGAUACUCCGGCAGUGGCAGAAAGGAUAGCAAUGGCUGUGUUCCCCGCCGCCGGUUUCAUACUCUCAUAUUAGUUUCUGGUAUCGCGCUGGCAGUAAUGGGUGUGCUAGUAAGUUCGUCCUGGUUCUACAUCGGCUUCAAGAGAUGGAAGCUCAUCAAACUCAAAGCUAAUUUCUUCGAACGAAACGGCGGAUUAAUGUUAGAGCAACAGCUUUCAAUCCGCGAUGAAGCCAACCAAACUGCAAAGAUCUUCACCGCAGAGGAAUUACGGAAAGCCACUAACAACUACUCCGACGACCGAAUCGUCGGCAAAGGUGGCUUCGGAACCGUCUACAAAGGCAUCCUCCCUACCGGCGCCGCCGUCGCCAUCAAGAAAUCCAAGGUUGUCGACAACGCUCAAAACAAGCAGUUCAUCAACGAAGUCAUUGUCCUCUCGCAGAUCAAUCACCGCAACACCGUCAAACUCUUAGGCUGUUGCUUGGAAGAAGAAGUUCCUCUUCUCGUCUACGAGUUCGUCUCCAACGGUACGCUCUUCGAUCACAUCCACAAGCGAAAAUCGCCGCGGCCGAUUCCCUGGAAGAUCCGCCUUAAAAUCGCAUCGGAAACCGCUGGAGUUCUCUCCUAUCUUCACUCAUCGGCCUCGAUUCCGAUCAUUCACAGAGAUGUGAAGUCCACGAACAUUCUCCUCGACGACAAUUACACCGCGAAGGUCUCCGAUUUCGGCGCUUCGAAGUUAGUUCCCUUGGAUCAGGUCGAUUUGAACACAAUCGUGCAAGGAACUCUAGGAUACCUAGAUCCAGAGUAUCUGCAAACCAGUCAAUUAACAGAGAAGAGCGACGUGUACAGUUUCGGCGUUGUUCUCGUCGAAUUAAUGACCGGAAAAGUUCCUCUAUCCUUCAGCCGAUCGGAGGAAGAACGGAAUCUGUCGAUGUACUUUCUAAUUGCUCUGAAACAGAAUCGGCUGAGAGAAAUUUUGGAUAAAAAUUUGGGCGGCGAUGUGGAGUACGAGCAAGUGAAGGAAGUUGCGAGCCUUGCGAAGAGGUGUUUGAAAGUGAAAGGGGAAGAAAGGCCGACAAUGAAGGAGGUCGCUGCAGAGCUUGAAGGGUUGUUUCAUAUGGCGUUUGGUCAUCCAUGGAUGGUUGAGGAUAAAUCUCCAUUAGUUGAAGAAUCAGAGGUUUUGUUGAGGGAAGAAAAGGAGAAUGAGAAGGAAGAUGGUGUUGAUUGUGUUCGUCGCGAGGUUGAAUCUGGAACUGAGUGUACGGAAGAGAGUAACCGAUAUGAUAGCUUUCCCACUAACCAAAUGAUACCAAAAGCAGAUUCUGGGAGAUAAUUUUGCAUCACUUUUAAGUUACUCACACACCAUUAGGGGAGUUUUUUUAACUUUUAAUCUAUUUUUAAUUCUCAUCUUAUAUAAAUUUUAG